AUGACAAGCCCACCAACUCCGAAAAUUGAGAUAUUGGAUGAUGAAGAAAAUAUUGUUAACUUAGAGGGAGAAGAAGAUACACAUGAUAAAUAUCUGUCAACUCUCAGCGCAAGUGACGAAGAUUUGAACAACUAUGUGCAGUUAUUCGAUUUAUAUCCACAAAUACUUCGCAAGUGUUCUCGUGAAUUCAAAAAGACAUUUGGAAUAGUAAAUGAAAUAGAAUACGAAAAUGGAAAUACAUUCGAGGGAAAAAUCGUCAAUGAUAUGCUACAUGGUCACGGUGAAUUUCACUGGGAUGAAACAGGAUUGGUGUAUAUUGGCGACUUUAAAGAAAAUAAAAUUACUGGGCGUGGAAAAAUUAUUUGGCCGAAUAAAAGUGAAUAUAUUGGUGAUGUUGUUGAUGGGAUCCGACAUGGAUUUGGCACAUACACUGACUCCAAUGGUCUCCAAUAUACUGGUCAGUGGAAGAACGGAAAGAAACAAGGAAAAGGUCGUUUAAACUACACGACUGAUGGUUCUAUUCACUAUGACGGUGAAUGGGACUCUGGACUACGUCACGGUUACGGAGUGUAUCACUACUCUAACCGGGCAACUUAUGAGGGUCAGUGGAAAGAUGGUAAACGUCAUGGAGAAGGGACAAUGCACUGGAGUGAUCGUGAUGAAAUUUAUACUGGAAGUUGGGUUGAUGGAAAACAAAAUGGACUAGGUUGUCAUGCGUGGCAUAUUCUUCGUGUUCGAACAUCACAAUAUUCUUUGCCCAAUGUAUACGAUGGUCAAUGGGCAAAUGGUAAACGUAAUGGACUUGGAACAUUUCAUUAUCCUAAUGGGUCUAAAUAUGUCGGUUAUUGGAAAGAUGAUCUGAAACAUGGGAAAGGUACAUUGAUACUUAAAGAUGGACGAAUAUUCGAAAGAACAUUUUAUGAAGAUCGUUUAAUCGAUGAAAACUCUGAUUCAUUACCCUCAAGUGUUGAUCAGCUAAGUUUAGAGAGAUUAGAUACACGUAUACCACUUGUCACAGAAUGUUUAUCCGAUCCAAAUGAGAAAAGUAGUAUACUCAAAGAUACAUCAGACAGUAAUUUGUUGAAAAAUUAUCUGAAACCUCAUAUAUCACCGUCAGAUUACACUCAUUCAGAAUUACAGAAUAUGCAAAAUGUAAUAACUGCUUAUUUGACUCAAUUACGCAGUAUUUAUAGAUUUUAUGGUAAACUUGGUAUGAAACAGUUACCAGAUAAUACAAUUAUACUACGUUAUGUUCAAUUCUGUCAAUUUUUAAAAGAUUGCAAACUGCAUCAACAUACAAGUUUAGCUGCCUUAGAUAGAAUAAUUGCUGUAUCAUAUGGAUUUGAAGAUGGUGAUGAUAGUUGUGUUCAAAAUCCUGAAAAAUUAAUCUCUUUUGGUACAUUUGUAAAUAUUCUUGUGAUAUUAGCUUGUAACUUGUAUACUCAAGAAGAAUCUUAUGUGCAUGAAAAAAUAACUAAGAUCAAGCCUAGUGAUGCAUUACUUUGUUUACUAACACAAGCAAUUAUUUCAAAUGCAUGUAAACUUUCUGGUGUUAUUUAUCAAGAUAAUGAAAAAUCUAAAGAAAUUAAUGUAUUUCUACAACCACUUUAUCAAGCCUAUAAAUUUUUAGUACGAAUUAAAAGAAAAUUUCAGAAGUCAAUACAUCCACCACCGUACACUAUGACUGUGCGUAAUUUCCUUUUUAUUCUCAAGGAUUUCAAUUUAUUAAAUCGAAAGCUUACAGUUAAAGAUGUUCUUGAAGCAGUGUGUAAAUGUAAUCCAGUAGUCGGAACAAUAGAAGAAUAUAAUUCUGAUGCAGAGCUUACAUUUUUUGACUUUUUCGAAGCUCUUAUUCAUUGUACGCUGACUUUAAUGUUAGAAAAAGAUGAACCACAGGUAGAAACUGUUGACAACAAAAUAAAAACCAUUAAGUCAGAUUUAACUAUUAAACUAAAUCGAAGAUUAUCACGUAGACCAAGUACAUCAAGGCAAUUAAAAAGUAAUACUGGUAAAAAACAAAAAGAAAAGCAAAACAAAACGAGGUGCAGAAAAUCGAAAAAUCAGUAUAUCACCGGAAAUAGAUAAGUCUGAAAAUCAAAAAGAAAUACCAGAUGGGUUUAUUGAUCAAGAAGAACAAUUACUGCAACAAAAUCCAGAAUUAGAUAAAACAAGCUCAUCAAUACAAUGUGAAGUUGAAACGUGGGAGUCAUGCAUGAGAAACUUUCUGAAUAAAUUCCUACAAUCAGUUGAGGAAUUACAAAUUCUGCAUAACAGGGUUUAUCAAUUGAAUUGAUCAACAAAACACUUAGUUUUUUUAACAGUCGACUAGAAAUGUAUACAUAUAUUAAAACUCAAACAUUUGAAUGUAGGGAACCAAUUGCAUGGAGAAUCCUUAAACCGAACUUUAUGGUCCAUACCAUCGUUGGUCAACUGUUGUUUACCUUCAAAGAUCGUAUUACUUACAUUUAUUUUUCCAUUACUAC